AAACAAAAACAAGAAAAGAAAUAUAAAUUUCGUAACGCCCAAUCUUCUUUCCAUAUCUACAUUACUCGAAACCCUAAUCCCCAAUUCCUCUUCCAAUAUUUCAAUGACAAUCAUCUGAGAAAAAAACAUCAAAUUACGAAAAAACUUCCUCAUCCAAACAUUCCGAAAGUUAUUAAAGUGGACUUAGUUAUCAUGAGAUUCAAAAAAGGAAGUAGAGUCGAGGUAUUUAGCAGCAAAGAGGCACCUUACGGUGCGUGGCGAUGUGCUGAGAUUAUUUCUGGUAAUGGACAUACCUACAGUGUUAGAUACUUCUCUUUCAACGAGGAUGCAGUGGUGGAGAGAGCUCCAAGGAAGAUGAUUAGGCCUUGUCCUCCUCAAGUGGAUGUAGUGGAGCGAUGGAAGAGUGGUGACCUGGUGGAAGUUCUUGAUGAUUUCUCCUGGAAAGCUGCCACUGUUCGAGAAGAGCUAUCCGGAAAGUACUAUGUGGUUCGGUUGCUUGGGAUGACCGCAGAGUUUACGUUUCACAAAGCCAACGUCAGGGUUCGUCAGUCGUGGCAAGAUGAGAGAUGGGUUGCAAUUGGAAAGGUGUCAGGUUCUGGGAAGUCAUCCACACUCACUGGACCAGACCUACAUCGGAAGCUACAACCCCAAAUGAAUAGUGUUGUCUCUCCUAGAGUAUUGAAGAGGCCGUUACCUCACAACUGGUCUGAGUGUGCUGAAUCAGACACAGGAAACCUUAAGAAGAUACGAUCACUGGAAGCUUCCUCUAAGAAUCCCCAAACUGGUUGCUUUCAAAUGGUCAGGGUAAGGUCAAAAGGUUUUAGCGAGAGUGUUGCUGCAGGAAGAUCAGUUGCUGAUGAUUGUUACGAUAGCGAUGCAUGCUCAGUUGGUAGUUGUAGCGCCACUAGUUAUGAUGGGAGUAACAUGCGACCUUGUAUGCCAGAUGGCUCUAGACGUCAGCAGGAGGGAGACUCAUGUAGCAGCGAUGCUGAAUCUUAUUGCGGCGUUGAGGAAGAAGCAAGGCGGAAGCAUUAUUUGGUGGGGGAUGGAGCAAGAAGUUCAUGUAGGUCUGAGCUAUAUACUUACCGCAGUACUUUGGGGGACUUGUUCGCUUCUGGUCCGCUAAGUUGGGAACAAGAAACGUCAUUAACUGAUCUCCGUCUUUCCCUUAAUAUAUCAGAUGAUGAACAUUUGAUGGAGCUCUAUGAAGUGUGUUGCAUAGCGAUGUGAGUCUCCUAGUCAUCAUCCCUCUGGAGCAGUAUUGGCCUUGUUUAUGACAUGCAGACCUUUUGCUUUUAGAGGUCUGCCUUGGCCAUCUAAAUGGUGUAAUAUCAUACCUGUUCUCCCUCAGAGCAUAACUGACUUUUUUAUUUGAUUUUGUCGCUAUCUUUAUUAUGUUGGUUUGUUUCAGGUGUCCUGGAGCUUUGUCCACAGGGCUUCAAAGCUGUGCUUUUAGCAGGUUUCCUUAGGUUUAUUUAUACUGUGAUUGGAUAUAUAUAUAUUAAUAUAUAUAUAGUCAAGAUCGAGUAAAUUCUCCUUUGCGUUCUAGUUUAUUCGUUACAUCUCGCUGUUCCUUCUUUUGGUAUUGUCUCUGCUUUACUUGUUUCAAUAGAACUGCUUGAAGUAGAUGCUACCGUGUCUGAUUAUCAUUACCUGUCUAAGCAAUUCUGCUAUAUCACAAACUGCUGUUCGAGUUAUGUUGGUUCUUUUUGUUUGUUAUUACCAAAGGAAUAGUCCUUUGAAGCCCAUUCUUCAUUCUUUUGGGGAAUAAGCGUUGUGGCAUGGUGAGAGAGAGAGGUAAGAGUUAAAUCGCUGAGCAGGGUUACUGUGGUCUUGAUUCCUUAUUCUGAUUUGUUCGCAGACUUGCUUUCAGAAUAAGGAAUCAACAUAUUGUCUGGAUGAGUACAUUCAAUGUGUUAGACUUGAUCGAGAUAUCUUCGGACUCGAAGGAAAGAAAUGUUUGCAUUCUCUGCUUAGUUAGUCUGCCUUGUGGAAAUUCUCCAAGCUCACUCUUCAGUUUUCUCCAGCAAAGCGUGUUGUUUACAUGACAUGACAGUAUGAAGUUCCAAAGCCGAUUUUAUUUAUAUUUUCACAGAUGUACAAAAUAUUUCUCUGAUCUGUUGUCGUUGUCCACAUAAAUUCAAACUAAAAUAUUGUCUUCACUAA